AGAUUUUAUGUAGUAAUCCUAAUAAGGAUUUCGAAAUUCUUGAUGGUAUUAGUGUUGAAGAUAAUUUGAAAAGUCUUAAACAGCAAAUCACAGCUGCACCUUCUUCAUCUACAUAUAGCACAAGCAAUGUAGAUAAUAAUAUAUAUGAUAAUUCAUAUAAUAUUUAUUUUGAUCAAACAGCUGUAGAGAUAGCUAAAUUGUUUGCUAAUUCAAUAUCACAAGUAAUGCAAGAACAGGGUCAAGAGGCUGAUAUAAAUUGGUUGGCAUCAAAACUUAAUACAAUAUCUAAUAAAGAAUCAUCAUGGAAAGUUAAUAAUUACCAAGAAAAUGAACUAAAUAUAGAACUUAGUUCUUCGUCAUAUAAUGGGUUAAAAGUUUGCUCUGUAUUUCAAAGUAAUGAUUUCGUUAAGCAGUCUACUGAUCAACAUUGUGAUGAUUCUAUAAAGUCUCUCCAAUUUUUAGCCAAGUGGAUAAAUGAUAUAUCCGAAAUUGCUGAAAAGAAUACUCAAUGUCUUCUUCUUGAUGAAAUUUUUAGGGAAGUUAUUGCUUUUUUUAAAAAAUCAAAAUUAGCCAAAUUAAAUGAAGAAAAUAUUAGCGAUAAGGAGUUAGAAAGUGAUACGAUUAGAAAUAACGAAAAUGAU